AAUUCAGCCAAAAAAACAAAAAAUUUUCCUUCAAGUUUUGCCUCCAAAAAUUUUUAUCUCCAAACCAAUUAUAAGAACAUAAAAAAAAAACUUAAGGGCUAUAUACAUUUAUAUACAUAAUAUUUUUCUUUUACUUAAAUAUUACACGUUCUAGUUAUGGAAGGAAGCUCUUCUAGGGGUAAGGCCAUGCAAGCUCAGGCGGAGAAAGAGAAGGAUGACGUCCAUUACCGCGGCGUCCGAAGGCGGCCGUGGGGGAAGUACGCGGCGGAGAUUCGCGACCCGACACGACAAGGCGCCCGGGUGUGGCUAGGGACGUUUGAGACGGCGGAGGAGGCGGCGAGGGCUUAUGAUAGAGCUGCAUUUAGCUUAAGGGGUCAUCUUGCGACUUUGAAUUUCCCCGGUGAGUAUUAUUCUCAGCUGCCGAGCCCACCUCAUUACCGGCACUUACCGUCAAAUCAGCAGAACUUUAGGGGCGGAGGAGGAGGAGGUUCUUCAUCGUCGCCGGCGGCCGUGGUGGCGUCCGGACAAGGGAAUCAAGUCAUUGAGUUUGAAUAUCUGGAUGAUAGUUUGUUGGAAGAGCUUCUUGAACUUGAAGAUAAGAAAAGGAAAGGGAAAUGAUCAGUCGGGAAAAAUGUUAGUAUUAUAUAUAUUUGACUGGUCAUUAAUAGUGAAUUUAGUAGUAUUAUGUUUAAGUAUUAGCUUACGUGGUUUUCUUUCUUUGGGCUUUUUUUGUCUUGUUGGGAAAAACAAUGGUCAUAAUUUGAGUUUUGAUUACUUCCUUUCAGUCAAUUUCCUAGUUGUGGCUGAAUAGAUCAAAUUCAACCUCUUUUUCCUUAUGGUUUUCGCUCAAAAUAAAUUAUGCUACCAUCUUUUGAUACUCAAUUAGCUGGUGGAAAAAGGUUAA